AUGGGAAACCCCCUCAUUAUUGCAGCUGUGGCCCUGGACCGCCAUCUUCACAUCCCCAUGUACCUCUUCUUGAUGAAUUUGUCCAUGAAAGAUCUUGGAUCCAUCUCCAUCAUUGUCCCCAAGUCCAUGGCCAAUUCCCUAUUGAACACCAGGUCAAUUUCUUAUUCUGAGUGUGUUGCCCAGGUCUUUCUCUUCAUAUUCUUCAUGGUGGUUGACUUUGGUUUUCUCACCAUCAUGGCAUAUGACCGCUACGUCACCAUCUGCAAACCACUACACUAUGAGUCUCUGAGGAACAAGAAAGCUUGUAUUGAAAUGGCAGCCAGUGCUUGGAUCAGUGGUAUUUUCUGCUCUGCACUGCACACUGGGAACACAUUUGCAUUAAUCUUCUUUGGAGGCAACAUGGUGGAUCAAUUCUUUUGUGAAAUCGCACAGUUACUCAAGCUCACUUGCUCUGACUCAUAUCUCAAUGAAGUUGGGGUUAUUACCUUUUUUGCAUGUUCAACUAUAAGCUGCUUUGUUAUAAUAAUUGUGUCAUAUGUUCAGAUCUUCACCAAGGUGCUGAGAAUCCUGUCUGAGCGGGGCCGGCAUAAAGCUGUCUUCACCUGCCUCCCUCACCUCAUUGUGGUCUCCUUGUUUGAUUGCACUGAGACCUUUGCCUAUAUGAAAACACCCUCCAUCCGUCUAUCAGGUCUGGAUCUUGUGUGCUCUAUUCCGUGGUGCCACCAAUCAUGA